GUUGUGAUUGUUUCCUAAAGUGUAUACCAUGGCAGGGGGUAUUGUUCUUGCUUUCGAUAUCUAUGGCACUCUGCUCUCCUUUGACAAGGUCACACACGAGCUGGAGCGGUGCUUUGGAAAUGAUCGAGCUCGGGCCCGGACUGUGUCGCAGACAUGGAGACGCUACCAGCUUGAAUAUACCUGGAGAUUGAACAGCAUGGGUAGGGCGCUACCUGUCCUUCUUGGAGGUCACGAAGAAUUCCCUUUUGCAUGCGCUGGAUGAUACCGGAUCCUCCCUGAGAAGCAACGAGAUCGAGCAUCUCAUGGCGACCUACAACAGCCUAUCUCCCUUUCCAGAUGUCGAGGACGCUCUGAGCCGGAUUGCAGCCUUUCCACAUAUCCACUCCGUCAUCUUCUCGAAUGGCACCCUCGACAUGGUAUCGGAUUGCGUCGACUCAUCUCUAUCGCGGCACAAAUUCCUCUUCAAGGAUACCGUCAGCGUGGACUCGGUGGGGCAGUUCAAGCCUGCGCCGGCAGUCUACAAGCAUCUAGCGGAACGAGUCGGGAAGGACCCGUCCGGCCUGAAGGACAUUUGGCUGGUCAGUGGCAACCCGUUUGACGUUGCGGGCGCCCUGAGUGUGGGUAUGAAUGCCAUUUGGGUUGACCGGGCAGAGGCAAGCUGGACCGACAAGGCGCUGCCUGAUCUGGAGCCGACAGCGACUGUCACCCAUCUGGGAGGGAUUGUAGACGUGCUCAAGGUCCAUUUAUAGCCAAUUGCCACAGUGAGCUCUAUUACUAGCAAGAGGCCGUUAAAAGCGAUGUACCGCUGUUUAUAUUUCCAAAUGCUCCACGCUGGAAGGAGAAGAAUUCGGGGUAAGUCAGCAGGCUUACUCUGACCUUCUCUUUCCCCUCCAAGGAUCCAUGGAUAAAGGAGCCCAGAGUGAAUAAGAA